CAGAGCUCAAACUCUUGAGCGAGCUCUUAACCAACUGAGCCACUCGGCCGGCCCUUCUUCAACACCUUUUUAAUAAACUAUCCUUCAGUCCCUUUUAAACAAGUCCUCCGGACGAUUUCGAUGCAAGGUAAAGGCAGAGAACCACUGUUCGAGAAGUUUUCUCCAUCGUAGAUUAGUGAAGGCGAUUUGCAAACAACGGCAUGAUCCGCUGGAGGGCGAGGCGGGCUGUGGCGGCUCCUUAUCCGGAACGCACUAGGACCGCGGCGGAGCGGGCCUCGGCGCUGCCGCCGUCCGCUGGGGGCGGGGCCCAGCUGUUCCGGGAGCCCGGGCCUGGCAGCUGGACCCGCCCCUGAAGGCGGACCGGAGUUGACUUAAACUCUGGGGCCCGGGAGGCAGGUCGGUGCUCCUCUUUUGCCCCGCCUGGGUUCCGCGCCAGUGGUACCAAAGAAGUAAACAUUGUGGAGGGACACGGAUGUGUUCGGAGAGAAAGGGAACAUACAUAAUAAUGAAACAGUAACUUCUUAUUUAAAGGAAAAUCCAGGGGUUUUAGGAGGUUUGUGACAGAAACGAGGAUGAAGACCAAAUAUGGCUGACAAUUUUGUCCUGUAUUGGUAUUGCUGCUGGCUAUGAGACUCACCACCAAAGAUAAACGAUAGAACUGAACCACCUGAUUCUUGACAUUCAAAAGAACUGACUUUUAAUACACUGCUACUACAUCAAAUCAACAAUGGAUUGGACUGCAAAACCAGAGAGUGUCACCUUACCCCCAAUGUAUCCUAAAAACCAAUCAUCUUUUUUGGAUCCGACUUUAAUAAACACACCAUCUCAAAGUUCUUUAAACUAUCCUGGAAGUAACCAAGAAACUUGCAUGUUUCUUAGUAACUCAGAUCCAGUCUCACAGCCACUGCUCAACUUCAGAAAUUAUAAAACUCCUCAACAAAUCUCUGUAUCUGAUAUGCAUAGUGGGUCAUUAAUGGCCUCACAAACUUCAGUAGAAAGAAUAGCAUAUGCAAAUGUUAAAGGACCCAAACAAGUAAAUCACAAUUUGCAAAUGUCUUCAGGAGUUACACAAAAUGUGUGGUCGAACUCACCAGUGAGGAAUUCUAUGUUUUCUCAUACAGGGGCAGCUGCAUCUCAACAAACUGGUUUUGGAACUAAUACAUCCAAGGUACAUGCACCACAGAAUCAAUUUGUAACACCAGAUGUCUAUUCUGUGCAAGUACAAAUGAUCCCUUCUAAAUCUGUAAGAGUUCCUGUAACUUAUCUAGGAAACCGGGGACUUAACUCAUCUUUAUCAGAGCGACAGGGUGAUUGGGCACAACAGUAUACAUCCAAUGGACUGACUCAUCAAGAUUACAGACUACCAAAGCAAUAUAUUUAUUCAUCACAAAACCCCUUGCAAGAUCCUACUCUUCAGAAACAAAAUCCUAUGCCACCUAUAUCAUUACAAGUUAAAAAUAAUCAUCCUCCAAAUUCUGCACUAACUUUACAGUCACAGCCGACUGCAACUGUGCAAUCCUUUCAAUAUGCAGUUACUCAAACUGACAGAAGACCACCUCCACCAUACAACUGUAGAUAUGCAAGCCAGCCUUUGCAAAGUACUCAGCAUGUUAUUAAACACUGUCCUAUGGAAGUUCCUCAGAGUCAAAAAACACACUUACCUGAAAUGAGGAAAGACUUUUGCAGAGGCUUUCAACAGCAGUGGCAAAACCUUAAUGAAAAUGUCAGCACAGUUGGAAAUUUCUGUAACUUGAAAGUAAAUACUAAUGUCAGUCCGCCUUUUAAUGAACCUAUUAGGUCUUCUGUGGAUGGUGUUCAGAUUCUUGCUCAAAAUAAUCAAGAGGUAAGAGUGGAUUCUUGCAAUCUAGCUUCAAAUCAAGCACUGGACACAAGUGCCACAAAAGAAAAGUUAGUGAGGGAUAUUAAAACAUUAGUAGAAAUGAAAAGGAAAUUUUCUGAACUGGCAAGAAAAGUUAAAAUUAAUAAAGAUCUUUUGACAGCAGCAGGUUGUAUUAAAACAACUAAAGCCUCUUAUAGUAAAUCAGCUCAAAAUUCUGAACUGUCUAUGAAACAAACUGCCAAAAUCCAGUCUGGACCACAAGUAACCCCGGUUACUUCAGAGACUGCAAAGGAUAAACUGCCAACAGUAAUGGAAACUGCAGAAGAAAGAAACAGAACACACAGUACAUUGAAUUCCAACAUGCAGGAUACCAAUUGCAAAAAUUUAAACCAGGUUAAUUCCAUUUUACUAAAUCCUGUGUGUGCAGAAAAGUUGCCAAUGCCAGACAAGUUACAUGAUUUGGAAGUUACAACUUCUUUGCAGACACCAACUGAUGGGAGAACCCAUGCAAUAUCAAAUAACACCCAGUUUUCAUCAGGAAAUUUUGUCAACAUUCAAGAACAUGUGCCAACAAAGUCUGAAACAACUUUAGUUCCUCAGCCUAUGGCCUUUGAGGAAUAUGCUUCAAAAUAUGUAAAUAAAAACAGGCUACUUCUUAGCCUCCUUGCACAUGGAGAUAAAGUUGAGGAAAAAUUAUUCAGAGGUGCUCAUGAAACUAUUCAGGAUUCUAAACCACAUUGUUUUGAAAUGAAUCCCAAUACCCAAAUCACUGGUAACCAACUGAACUUGAAAACCUUGGAAACUCCAAGUACUUGUAAUACAGAUGCCAAGAUUUCAGACAGUUCUUUUUGUCUUGAACGUAAAUCCUCAACACAUGGAAUAUCUUCAAAAAGUGGCAGUCACUGUUCCAUGGAAUUGCUAACAACAUGUCUUUCUCUGUGGAAAAAGCAACCUUUAGAAUCUACAGAAAAAAAACAGUGUGAUGAGUCAAGAACAAACAGUACAGCAGUUGGUAUUUCAAAGCCUGUGGAUAUCUGUGAUGAGAGUCCAUCACUUGUGGGAAAUUCUCAGAAUAUGAUAGUAAACAGCUCACAGCCAACUUCGUCAAUGGUAGUGCAGAAUUAUGAGUCACCAGCUGCCACUGUUACAAAGGGAACAGAGCUUCAGGUUGCUGUAGUGUCACCCUUAAUUCUUUCAGAUGUCAAAACAUUGCCUUUCAAAAGAAUAACAUCUGAAGAUUUAUCUGCGACAAUGUAUCCAGUUAUUAAAGAAGACAGUGUUUGUAGCUUACAGAAUCAAUUGGAAGAAAAUUCAAGAGUUACUACUGCUUUGAAAGUUAAUGAAACAGUAGCAGGUACGACAAGCAUCAAGAUUUUUCCACUUACUCAGAAGGACAGGCAAAAUGAGUCAACUAAGAGGAAUUCAGAAAGCACACCUAAUACCAAUCAAGGAAAGCACAUCAGAUCAGAACCAGAUAGUCACUAUCCUGUGAGUGAUCAGCAAGCCUGUUACAAAUCAAGGGACAGUGAUAUUGUGAGUAGUGAUAUGUUACAGAUUGACAAUAUUUGUUCUCUUGUGGAAGGCGACCUAUCUUAUAAUUCCAAAAUAGCAAAGAUAUUCAACUCACUUCCUGUGAAAAAGGUUGAGCCACAGAAAUCUCUACCCAAUCAUCAAGUGAUGAGUAGUAAACAAAAAGAACAAUUAGACAGUAUCACUGCAAAGAAAGACUUUGGUUUUCAAAAAGAUAAUUGUGUUCAGUGCACAGAUGUUUCACAUGAAACACCUGAUCAGUCAAAAUCACUGCAACCUCCAGAAUCAAAUAGUGAAAUUCUAGAGGAAAGAGAUUUGGAGCAUAUCACUAAGAUAGAAAGCACAGCUGAAGAUAUGUGUUCAUCAGCUGCUAUUCAGCAAGAUAGUAACGCUCAGGAAAUGGAUGUGUCCUGCAGUUACACUGCCCAGGAUCCUGCAAGAAAUGAGAUUCUCAAUAAGACCCCCAUGUUAUACCUACAUGAUCAGUUGUCAGAACUUUUAAAAGAGUUUCCCUAUGGUAUUGAACCUGUGAACGCACAUGAAGUUUCUGUAGCACAACAAAUAACAGGUCAAGACUCAAAAGAUCAGACUUGUGAUAAAACCAGCCAUGACUCUGAAGAUUCACCAGACCAAAUACAAAUUACAAUAUUAAACUCGGAGCAAAUGAAAGAAUUAUUUCCUGAACAGGAUGACCAGCCCAGUGAGGUAGACAAAUUGACAGAACCUCAGAAAGCAAAGCCUAUCACAAAUGAAGGAAGCCAGUGUGACCUACAAGUGCACACAGAUGGGGAAGAUCAUGAUUCUUUAGUGGAUUCAGAGAAAGAUGAUGUCCGCUGCUGUGCGUUGGGGUGGCUUUCUGUGGUUUAUGAAGGAGUACCCCAAUGCCAGUGUAAUUCCAUCAUGAACUCAACUUCAAAGGAAGAAAAGGAGAAAGAUCAGUGUUCUCCUUUGGAGACCAACAGUUGUAAGCAAGGAGAGAGUACCUCUGAUAGAGAUGUUCCUACUGGAUUUAGUAGUCCUCCAAAUAACAACCCAAGGAUUGCUCUGACUUUUCUGGUUGGGAACAACGAUUUUCCUGAAAUAGAACAAAACAAGCCUAUAAAAGAUACAUCCCAAACAAAACAUAACAACCCACUAAGGACAAAGCAAGAAUUAUCUGGUCAACCUUUAUCUAAAGGUGACAAAAGCCUAAAUUCCUUGCAAAGUCACAAAAGAAAAAGAGGACUGAAAUUUCAUGAGGUAACUUUUCACUCUAGUAAUAAAAGAAAAUUUUCUCAAGAGAGCAUGCAGAGGAAGCCCAUAGCACAAAACUCACAUCCACUGAAAGCAAAGACCGGUUUUUUGACAAACAAAAGUAAAGAUCUGCAUAUGAAGAAUGGUUCCUUGGUACAAUCGAUAUUGCCAGAAAAGAGGAAAUUGAAAGCAGGUGAUGCUGAACAAAAAGUUGCAGAAAAAAGGAAGUCAGACAGAGGGAGCAUACUUGAUUCAGAGAUAAAGAGGAUGAAAUAUGAUAAACAAGAGCAGAAAAAAAGAGGCGGUACAUUUAAAAUAUCUAAUUUUUUGUCUACACCAAGUGAAAGAGCCAGGGUGUCCAAUAUUACGUUCUCAGGCUCUAAGCAUAGUUCAUGUAAAAUUAAUAGAGUUCUAUCACAGAAGGAAUAUUUACAAAGGCAGAAGCUUAAAGAAGCAAUGAGUAGCAAAGCAUCAAAGAAAAACACGCCAUGUGAUUCUCAAUACAUGAAGUCCAGUAAACUUUCUCCCCAAGCAGGGAGUUGUGGGAAAUCAAACAAGAGACCCAGUAGCAGUGUACAGACUUCUAAAGAAUCAAAUAUUUGUACAAGCCAUGGUAAAAACCUUAAAAUCCACCAUUUCAAGGAGUCUAAAAGCCACAUUUCGAGGAAUGUUAAAGGAACAGUUGGUGGAAAGCAACCUGAUAAAAUGUGGGUGGAAAAAACCAAUUUAGAGAAAAAUGUAAACAAUGUAAAUAAUGAACUUGAUUUCACUGAGAUGUCUUCCCAAGCAAAGGAGCCAACAAAACAAUAUCUGAACAGAGUUGCAUUUAAAUGCACUGAGCAGGAGAGCAUUUGUAUCACAGAGUUUGGGAACUUACCCAGGAAGGUUAAUAAAGAGAAGAGACGGGAAAGUAAAAUUAAGAACGUUUUACCUAAGAAGGAUGCCACAGAAAAACAAAGCAUGCUUCAGUUUAAAUUAUGUCCAGAUGGACUGAUCAAUAAGAGUACAAAUUCUACUCAAGACCAGAAGGAUCUGAAGCCUUGUCCCCGAAAAGAGCAAGCCCCGGUGCAAGGAAUAAAAAGUACAAAAGAAGACUGGUUAAAAGGUACACUUGAGGAAAAAAGGAUUCCAGAAGCAAACCAAGAAAUAGAUGAUGAUGUUUUGACUAAUUCAAGAAUCGCCAAGAAAACCUUUGGUGCAGAUGGAUGUGAGACACUACAAAACCCAGUAAAGGAUUCAAAAGCAAUGUUUCAAACCUAUAAAAAGAUGUACAUGGAGAAGAAAAGCAGAAGCCUUGGUAGCAGUCCUUUGAAAUAAUUUUGAGACUCUAAUUCUUCUCUUGGUUCUGUAAUUGCUACAAGAAAAUUUCUGUCAUUUUGUGUUCAGGAUAUUUUGCUGAAAAUACUCAGAACUGCUAUGAUAAAAUAGAGAGUUUGGUUACCACUUAGAUUAUGAAUGUCAGUGACAUUAAAUUACUUAAAAUGGUCUGAGAACCUUAUUUGUGGGUAGCAGAUGUAAGAAGUAGAUGGUAUUUGUCAGAGAAACCAUAAGGUAUUGAAUUUCAAAAUGAUUGAGCAAAGCUUACCAUGUUUUAAGAAGAAUUCUUAAAUUUAUUUUGAAAUGCUAGCUAUCCAUUCUGAGGGAGAAUAAUUCCUCAGUUAAGGACUUGUUUAUUUUAGCUUGGACUGCAAAUGUAUUUCUGUUUUUAAAACUUACUAGCAAAACCUAGUUUUCAAAAAUACUUACUGUGAAUGUCAAAGUAUAUUGCUAAGUAUUUUAUACCUAAUUGUAAACAUUUUGUCAAAAGUCUUGUUUUAUACUUGUUAAACUGAAAAGAAUUUUGGGCAAUGUUGAAACAUUACUUUUCAUACUUGAAAUAAACAUUAUUUUUUAAAAAAAAGAUAUUUGAAAUCAUAAUGGAUUGAUUUGUGUUAGAUUUCCUACCUUCACAACAGGACACAUUUUAGAAAGGGUUUUUUUUUUUUUUUAAUUUAUCAAGGUAACAUUAGUCAAUAACAUAAAUUCCAGGUGUACAAUAUAUUUUGACAUUUGUGUUCUCUUACAUACUCGCCUUCCAAAGUGUAGUUUCCGUUACCAUAUAUUUGACCCCUUUACCUACUUUGCCUUUCCCUCUGGUGUCCACAUUUGUUUGUAUAUAUGAGUUUUUUUGUGUGUGUUUUGUUCAUUUGUUACUUUUUGUUUUCUAUUUCAC